AUACUUCUCGCGAGAUUAUGUUGCAGCAAGGUCCAGAAAAUGGAAGGCUGUACUGUGGGUGCUAGCUAGAUUGCCGAGCGACUCAAACCAUAGCUGGAAAAUAUAUAAAUUACAUCGAAGGUAUGAUUUCCGUGUCUGUGUACGGGCGUUCAGCAUUUAAUUCCGUAGUCGGUAUCGCUAGUGAGACGUAGCGCUGCUGCGUAGAGUAUUUAUUAACAGGUGAUUUAGAAGCUUAAGUUUAGCUUUAGCUACGCUAGCUGCAGAGAACAAUGUCGUCGCCACCACAUAGAAGACGCCUCUCUUUUACCUUUAUGGAAUAACUUGUGAGUGUUUGCGGGGUUUCAGGGCAAGGACGUUUCGUUUUCGGUUUUACAACUGAAUUAGGUGUGGCAGUUAAAUUAGUACGUGCUGUGGUUUCAUUUGGAGUACAGAAACAUUAUGGACUUCCCAGCCACACUUUGCUGAGUUUUGCAUAAACGUAUCGCUCCUAGCAGGCCAGUUUUGUAAUGUGAAGCAUCAGUGAACACAGCAGCUGGUUGCACCGGGUAACAUUAGCAGCAAGUAGAGCUCAGAAAUUAACCACAGUGAGAAAAUGAACUGUGAAUUUCAUCACCAUAAACGUCUCUGCGAGUUGCAUCUCAUAAACUGUUAAUGCAGACUUCAGCCGAGCUGAAUUUUAAACUCAACAAAGUAAUUUGUCUACGAAGCAAAACAGGGACACAGCACGUGUUUAUAGACGUGCAGUGCUGUGAAAAGUGCAAACAUCUUUUCCUUUACUGUGGCAGUAUGGGAAGACUUAAUACAAGUUAAAUCCUCAAAAGUACAAAGGGUAACGUGAUAAAUUAUACACAUUAAACAACAUUUCACCCCUCUUUUUAUUACUGUAUCCUACAGUUUGUUAAAUUAUAUAGUUAUUAAUAUGCAGUUUGUUUCUAUUUAAAACUCCGAAAAUGAUUCAAAGAUAUUGUUAACAUGAUUGUGUGUUAUGUGGUUUAAUCUUACCUUAUCUUAGCUUAAAGGUAUCUGUAACCUUCCAACAAACCUACUUGAGCAAAAAGUACAGAUUUUGCUACAAAUUGUAUUUAAGCUGAAUUGUAAAAUAUCAUUAUUUCAUGUACAUUUUCCACAUACACCCAAUUCAGAAGUGGAAAACACUUAAAUGCAGUGCAAAGAAAGCACUUGUACGGUGCUUGAGUAAAUGUACUGACAUCUUUGCACGUCAGAUGGAUUAAGCCCAAUGUUGGCAUUUGUUAAAAAAUCAAAUCCAGUUGUUUCACAAUUAAACUAUAGGUUGAUUUGAUUGGCUGACUGUAAGUUGUGAAGUCAGAUUUAUUUCUAAGCACAUUUUAAAAACACUUGCUGACCAAAGUUCCAGAAAAUGAUGUGGUUAUGGGAUAUGGGUAAGAGAUUGAAAAAAGAAAACACAAAGUGAAAAAACAUGAUGAAAGCAGGACAGAUAAAAAAAGUAACUCGGUCUGGUUUAAAGCCAAAGGAAAUAAAGGGUUUUCAAAGGGGUUUUGAAAGUGUCUGAUGUUGGAGAGAUCCAUGUAACUAAGUGUACAGUGAACAAAUACUCAUUUCAGGCAUGAAAUGCAGUCAUGUGAAAAAGAAAGCGGACUCUAUACAGUCCUGUGAAAAACUAAGUACUCCCUUAAUGUUUUCAUAAAAAUUAAGAGGGUAAGGAGAAGCCAGGUGGUGCUAAAAAACAUACACUUGAUUAACUGAUCAUUAUCAUGUUAACACAGUACCAGAAGUGGAUGUCCAUGCAAAAUCACUUUAAGGUCAGUGCUCAAAGAAAUCCUAAAUGUUGAUUCUGUUCAUCUGGAUGUGAAAAACAUUUCUUCACUCAGUGAAACGUAUCUUCCACUGAAAACACUACAACUGUUUGGGAUUUCUUCUGGGUUUGAACAGCGUGGCUUCCUUUGAAUGUCAGCAUUUCUUUCUUUUUUUUCUGGAUGAUUGAGCAUACAUCAAGACGUGCUCAAAGAAAUGCUCAAGCAAUGCCUGAAGAAGAAAAAAAAGAGCUACAUCUCACACUCUAAAGGCCUCAAUAUGUUAAAUGUUCAUAACAGUACAAUAAGAAAUGACUUAUUUGGAAGGGUUGCCAAGAGAAAGUCUCUUUUCUUUAUAAAAGUCAUGGCAGCAAAGCUUAGGUUUACAAAAUUGCAUUAGAACAAACUCCAAGACUAUGCUGACAUGUAAGCACAAAUUCCUCAUACCCACUGUGAAUCACAGCAGUGGAGGGAUGAGGAUUUGGGGUUGUUUUGCAGCCAUAGGACCUGGGGACCUUGCAGUCAUUGACUCAACCAUGAACUCUUCUAUAUACCACAAUACCUCGACUCAAAAUUGAGGCCUUCUGUUUGUCAGCAAAAAGUUGGCUGACAUUGGGUCAUGCAACAGGACAAGGACCCCAAACACACCAGCAAACCUACAACAGAAUGGUUAAAAGAAAUUCAGAAACAUGGUGUUGCAAUGGCCCGGUCAAAAUCCAGACCUCAGUUUGACUGAAAUGCUGUGGCGGUUCUUUAGGAGAUCAGUACAUUAAAGAAUGCCUGUAAACCUGUGAACUUAAACAUUGUAAAGAAGAGAGGUCUAAAGUUUCUCCACAAUGAUGUGAGAAACUGAUAAAGUCAUACAGAAAAUUACUUCCACUAAAUACAACUAAAGGUAGUUAUAUACACUAUUAGGUCUUUUAUUGAGUCAUGGGAAAACUUUUACAUGACUUUAACAUUUUUCAAUUCAUAAAUUGGUGACCCUCAGGGUUUGUUCAGACAUACCCACAACAGUCAUGGAGACCACUGUGCAAGUGAGCUUGGAAGUGUGUAUACACAUAAAAACAGUAUUUGUGUUUAAGCAACAUGUCAUGCAUUUUAAUGUUACUACAAGGUGGACAAAUAUUGGUGAAGAGUGGUUUUCCCCACAUGUUGUUGCUCCAAAUCAAGAUGCAUGAAUUUCAAGGAGAUGGAUGCAUAAACACAAUCUUGUAACUGCCUUUCUUUUAAGGCAACUGCAUGAGGUUUAGACUUGUGUUAAAAAUUAUACAUGAACAUUGCAUGGUGAGACUUUGUAAGGCUUCCACUGCUCACUUUCAUAAAUUAAGAUGCAAUCAGAGUAUUGAGUAGGAGUUCAUGUCAAAGAGGCCCAUUAGCUGGCCAGGAGCUAAAGUUAAUACAGGCUAUCAGAAAUCCUUUUAAAUCCUCAGUGUUGAAACUGUUUGUGGUGCUAAUGAAUAAGCUAUGUGAUGUGGAGUUUAUUGCAGUUCUCUUUCAUUGCAAAGCAACAAAUGGAAUUGAGCUUUUUAACAAAAUUGUUUUUUGCGUAUAUUUUUUAAAUCACCUGUCUCUAAUGUAGAUUGGUUUGGGUUUUUUCUCCAUCCAUGAUUUUUACAGGUUCACAGCAAGAAACAUUGGGAUGACUCUUUACACACCCUAAACACAUUUGGUGUUUGCAGCUGUCUGCAUACAGUUUGCACAGGUUUGAACAGCGUGGCUUCCUUUAAAUGUCAGCAUGGACAUGAUGGACAACAGCAGUGUUGCUGAUGAUAAUAAUAAUUCAGACGAACGGCAGAUGCCCUCAGAAGAGGCCGAGUCAAGUGUUAGGCCGACCUUGUCACAGGUUAGAAAGUCUUGGGGGUUUCGACGAACAACCAUUGCAAGAAGGGAGUUCAUGGAGGAGGUUGGAGACCUAACCUACAGUCCUCCAAUUGUUCGACGAGGCAGAAAUCGUCGGACCAAUCAAACAGCAGCCCAGACCGCUACAGAGACCCCCACCACCCAGAAAGCUACUCGUACAGCAAGGAGUGUUAUUGAUGAACUUCAGUGGUCUGCCCCAUCCUCACCUGUCUCUGAGAAUAGCAAAACGGGUUCAGAAACUUCCGCAGGAGGCAGCCUUGAUCCCAGCUUAUGGCAGGAUUUUGGGUCUGCUUUCCACACUGCCUUCACACUGCUUGGGGGCAGUGAGGGCCUGUCACUAACAAUGUCAGAUGAACUGGCGGUUCCUGACAUUUUAGAAGCCACUGAAGCCAUUGAGUCUCCUAAUCCACAGGCUAUAGAUGAAACUGAGAUGGCUGAUAACAUUGAUGACAUGGAGAUUGCACAGCCAGGUGCUUCUGGCAAUGCAGAGGGAGAAGAGAUCCAUGAUGUGGUUUUAAUCUCAAGUCAUGAAGAGGAUAGUGAUGAAAUGACUUUGUUACAGAUUAAGGAACAGCUGGCUUCUAAUAGCAGACAGGAAGACUCCAAAGCUAGAGGAGGGAAAGGAGGAAAGGGAAAGGCCAGAGGAAAGGGGAGAGGUAGAGGAAGAGGUAGGGGCAAAGGUAGAGGGAGGGGUAGAGGAAAGGGGAGGGCUGUGGAGUUUCAGUCAACCAUUGCAGAUGAUAAGGACAGUGAUGAUGAUGUGGUGCUGGUUAAUUUAACUGAGCAACAGCAUUUACAAGAAGUGGAAAAAGAAACUGAUCCACAAAGUCCUCCUGAAAAAGAGGGUUCGGCUGCUCUCUUUGAUACAGCCCUAAGUCCUGCUCAGCAAUCAAACUCAGACUGCAUGAUCAUAGACAGUGACUUUGAUCAGAUUCCUGAGCUAACUCCUGGUCAGUUUGAUGAAGUGCCAGAGGAGGAGGAGAAGAAAGAUGCUAAAAAUACAGAAGAGUUUUCAAGGAUAUCACACAAUGAAGGAUAUGACUCAAAUGCUCUGUUCUGCAUCUGCAGACAGAAACAAGAUAAGAGGUUUAUGAUCUGCUGUGACAGCUGCCAGGAGUGGUUCCACGGUGAAUGCGUCGGUGUCAGUGAGACACAAGGCCAUCAGAGUAUGCAAGAGUACGUCUGCCCGCCUUGCACUAUAAAGAAACAAAGCCAGUCUGAGUCUCACCCUCAGCCAGACCCUGAGCUUAGCUUUCCUGAAUGCUUGACACAAAGUCCUGCUGUUGAAGAAGCACAAGAGGACCAGCGAGCAGUUAAGACUGUGCUGGUAGAGGAGGAAACGGAGGAGGAGGAGCAAGAGCAGGCUAUUGAAGCAAGGCCAGACCCUGAUGCUCAACCUGAAGCUCAACCUGAGCCUGAGAUGGAUAGCUCUCUUCCCUUGUGCAUCGGACCUGGUUGCUCUAAACAAGCACUACCAGAUUCUGUUUACUGUGGCAAUGACUGCAUCCUUCAGCAUGCUGCUUUCACUAUGAAGACACUCUCUGGCCCUAAGGUGCCCAAAUCCAAAGGACGGGCACAGAGAAAAGCUUCCAUGUCAAGACCUGCUGCAAAGGCUCAAAGGUCAAGUCGGACAUCAAAGAGGCUAGCAGAAAAAGCUGAGCUGCGAGGUGAGGAGGAGAAAAAGGAGGAUGAUGGUGAGCAGGAGGCGGCUGCAUCUCCUGUCAUCUGUGACCCCAGUCUCACAGAAGCUCAGGCUACCUCCACACCAGCAUCAAACUUACACACAGCGUCUAAUAAGGACAGUGAACAGGUAGAGGCUGAGAAGGAAGCUGUAUCUCCUUCAGCACAAUCUCCAGAAGACCCUUCACUAGAUGCAAGUCUCCUUUCUAAACCUACCACUGAAGCAGCCCAGCCACAAAGCCACUGUGAAGAAGGAGCAAAGGAAACUGUAAACAGUGACUUGCCAAAGCAGCAGUCAUCAGAAUCAGAUCCCCUAAUAACACCCGCCCCAGAAAAAUCUAGCCCGACUCCAGCCACAUCGUCCCCAACCACCUCAGCGCGCAGACAUCAUGAGACUGGGGCUCUUAUGAUAACGAAGACCACAUAUGUUAUACCAAAGAAGCAGUCUGGAUCUCAGUCUCCAUCAAGCCACACAUUAGUCUCAGCAUCAUGCCAGAAGCUGUCUUCAGCCCCCACACCCCUGAAUGAAACCCGAAAUCUGCCGGUGCCACCCGCACCCAGUGCACCCUCCUCCAGGCCCUCUCAACCCAAUAACCAGGUCAGACAGAGUAUCCAGCGCUCUCUCACCAGCAUCCUGUUCAAAAGGGUGUGUGAAUGUGAGGAUUUGGAGAUGUCUGAGAGCGAAGCUGCAAAGCUUGUUGCAAGCAUUGAGAUGGAGAUGUUUGACAUAUUUCGCAACACAGACAGCAAAUACAUGAACAAGUACAGAACUAUAAUGUUCAACCUAAAAGACCCAAGAAACAAGGGCUUGUUAUACUGUGUGGUACAUGGCGAUAUCAAUCCUUUCAGACUAGUUAGGAUGAGCCAGAAGGAUAUGCAGGCUACCAAGGCACCUGAGCCAAGUGUGAAAGAAACAACAGUGGUUAAGGAUACAGCUGCUAAAAUAAGUUUGCCAAAGCCUGAAGCAGUUAAGGUUGAUUUACCCAGUUUGAAUCCUGCAAAAUCUGACAGAAAACCUGAUAGCAUGGAACAGAAGAGAAGUCUUCCUGCUCCUGCAGUCAAGCCCAGGGCAAGCCAAACAAGCCUGGCCAAUGCAGUGCCAGAUGUUCUUGCCUGCAUGCUAAAAGACACAACAUCAGAGCACAAAACUCAUCUAUUUGACCUAAAAUGCAAGAUAUGCACAGGCCAAAUGCAACCUAUGGAAGAGGAGGAACCUGCAAAGAAAAAAUCCAAGCUAUCUGUAUCCAGAGAUAAGCACGAACCAUCUUGGAGAAAGUCUGCAGGGGAUGACUCCCCACUUCUGGCACCACCUGACUCUCCUGACAUGGAUUCUCCAGCAUCCAACCUAUUGGACCCUUCAUCCCAUUUCAAUAUUGAUUCUGCUGCACUGACUAUAGUGGAAUCACCUGCUUCUCCUGUAAUGGAUUCUCCAGCCUCCCCCACUUUAGAAUCUCCUGCUUCUCCUACCAUAGAGUCCCCUGCAUCCCCAACUCCAGAUACCUCUAAAGCUACUGCACCAAAAAGACCAUAUAUACCAGUUUUGGUCCCACCCGUUUCCACGGUAACCAUUACACAGCGUCGUGAUCCCCGCACUGCAAACAGGUUCUCAGCUUCGUCUAGUAGCAUCUUUGGUUCCAGUAACACAACUCAUAAACGGGCAGCUCCUUAUGCUCUUGUUAAAGAAAACAUUGCAUCGAACGUAGCAUCAUCACUACCACCAACCAAAACAGUACCUAAAUCCAUCUUAAUGAAGCCAUCUUCCACUGCUGAUCCCAGACUUUAUGGACCACGCUCGAGAACCGUGAUCUCUGAAUCUCCAGCUGAUGGUGAGACAACUCAGUUCCUGGCAAAGCAGGAAAUACUGUGGAAGGGUUUUCUAAACAUGCUCACUGUAGCCAAGUUUGUCACCAAGGGAUAUCUGGUGUCAGGAUCUGCUGAAAAUCUUAAAGCGGAUCUACCUGACACUAUACAAAUUGGAGGACGAAUCAUGCCUCAAACAGUGUGGGACUACGUUGCAAAACUAAAGACCUCAGUUACAAAGGAGUUAUGUGUGAUCCGGUUUCACCCUGCAACAGAGGAAGAGGAGGUCGCCUAUGUCUCCCUUUUUUCCUAUUUCAGCAGCAGAGGUCGUUUCGGUGUGGUCGCCAAUAGCAGCCGUUCCAUCAAAGAUGUAUACCUUGUCCCACUCAGUGCAAAGGAACCAAUCCCAUCUAUGCUACAACCUCUUGAAGGACCAGGACUUGAAAGAAACCGCCCCAAUCUUCUUCUUGGUCUAGCAAUCGUCCAGAAGGUCAAACGUCCAGGAAGUUUGCCACAGGAAAUGGAAGACAAAAGACCCAAAGUUCAUAUGUCCAAGGACCCUAUGUGGAUCCCAAAACCACCAGUCCUUUACGGUUCUGACAAAUUGGAGAUAUUCCAACCCUAUGAUCCAGAGACUCCUGCUAGUACCACCCCUCCUGGUUCACCAUCAUGCCCUGGGUCACCAACAGACUCUUCCUCCUCUGGCUCAGUCACCAUACCAUCUCUAUUAACUUCCGUUAAAGCGGCCCCUUCUGUUUCUACCUCAGCCACUAUUGCUGCAACACAGUCCACCUUUAACAGCAGCUCUGAUAAAAAUCCCAUUAUUGCAUCCAGUGAUAAGACACCACUACAGACAAUCUUGAGUACCUUGUUUCGUAGUAAUCAGGCUGACUCCACUGUCUCUGAUGGACGUUCUACAAAAACAACAGUAACUGUUAAGAAGAACCCAGUGCUUUCUGGAUCAGUGGUGGAUCCAAUUGUCCAACAGUAUGGACACAAAACCAAAGCCAAGGAGAUUGAAGAUGAAAAUGACUUUGACCGACCAUAUGACCCAGAGGAAGAAUAUGAUCCAGCAAUGGGAUAUGCAACCGUUGCUCCACAGACCACAGAAAAAAUUAAAGCUGAUGCCCCAGCAUUAUCAAGCUUUGUGGAAGAUGAUGUGGCCUAUGAUCCAGAGGACGACACUAUCUUUGAAGAUAUUCAAAGUAAUACUCCUGUAGCAAAGCCCCCUGUUACAACUCAAACAUUUGAUUCUCCAUCAUGCCCAGUGACGGUUUCCACUUCUUCCCCAGCACAAGCUUCUGCUCCAGUUGCAGUCAUGCCACAACUCCCUACGGGCACAGUGGUUGUCUCAGCUGCAACACUAAGUGAACAACAGAGGAUGCUUGAGGAACUCAAUAAACAAAUUGAAGAGCAAAAACGGCAGUUAAAAGAGCAGGAGGAAGCACUACGUCAGCAGAGAGAGGCUGUGGGAAUGUUCAUGGCUCACUUUUCUGUUUCGGAUUCACUUAUGUCUCCCCCACAAAAAUCUUUGCCGCUUAACCAACUGUCCUCUCUGCAGAAAGGUAUUAUAAAAACAGAGUCAAAAUCUUCAGAAACAACAGACAAGGCUACCCCCCUUACAGAGACUGUGGACAAUUCAAAUUUGGAUUCACAAGCUGUGAAAGUAGAAGACGCAACACCUGUCAAAAAUUUAGGAAAUGAUACAGAUGGUGUUGCAAAGCAAGAUGAAACACAGAAAGGUGUGGAAUCUGACAAAUAUUCAUCUGCUGGAGAGAUUGAAGAUUCUGAUGUAGCUUAUGAUCCUGAGGAUGAAUCACUUUUCAAUGAAAUUCAAGAUGAUGUUUUUAAGGGGGGAACUGUAACAACUAUGGACUCUGUGCCUAGAGCAAGGUAUGGUGGCUCUCACAAGGGUAUGUCUCCAAAUUCAUACCACAGUAGAAAACGAAGGUCAUCACCAAAAAAGCGGAGUCAUCGGGAAAGGGACCGCCACAGAAGUCCUUCAAGACAGUCACAGCAUCGUUCUCGUUCUCGGUCCCGAAGACGCAGAGAAAAGGAUAGACACAGAAAGAGUGAAAGAGACAGGUCAAGACACAGAGUUAGAGAUCCAUCUGAACGGCAGGGACGCCAUCGCAAAGAUCAUACCACACGCCGGCAUUCUCUUGGGCGUAGAAGAUCCCCAUCUUCUUCUAGAAAAACAGAAUCUGUGUCAGUUUCACCAAAACUGAACAGAGGACCCUUGCCUCAGGUCCCUGAGAAAUCAAAACAUGCAAGUGUUCCAUGCAGUUCUCUAGACUCUGCUGGACAAUUUGAAGAGAGUAACAUAUCACAUGUUACAAUCAAAAGUGAUCCAGAUGGACAAAAAUCAGAGUGUAAUCAUGUUGAGAGCUCUGAAAAACACUCACACGAACCUCUAUGUAAUGUGAAGCUUGAGAUUUCCGAACCACCAAAAUUUCAGGAGUUUCAAAAGAUUUCACUGAGUGACCAUGAUAUGACACAGCAAAAUAAACUCUAUAAACAGGACAAUUUGUUUCACAGCAAACUUGACAGUACAAUUCCUCUUAGAGAAAUUGAUCCACCUAUUCGAGAUUCUCCCCAAAGCCCAGAUCCAGAACCACAGUUUGUGAAACCUAGCAGCAUAGAAAAGAAUGACUCUGUUAGAACUGAUGAAGUCAGCGAUUCAAGGGAAGAUAUUAGAGUCUUUGAAAAUAAUUGUUUGCCAAUUUGUGGUCAAGCAAUGGUGUCUGUUGGAGAUGUGAUCUCAAAUAUUAAAAGCAUGGAUUUUAGAGCAUUGAAUCUGAAAGCUUUUGGUGCCAAGGGACAAGGUCUGACAGAGACACAUAAUGAGACACUAGCAGACAAUCCUUGCUUCAAGCAUUCAGAAACAAAGGGUCAAGAGGGAGGAUAUUCAAAUCCAAGUACAAUCUUAGGAAUGAGAGAACAAGGUAUUCAACAUCAAAAUACUGUAAUAACUGGUUCAUGGCCAGCCUUGAGAGAUUCAGAAAUGAGAAGUGAAGCACUAGAUAGUAAUAAUGCUGGUGUGCCUUUUAUUUCUGGUGUAAAUCCAGAAAUAAAAUGCCCAAGUCCUGAUGUUACACAAAAUAUUGUACCUACUGUUACAAAUUUGUAUAUGGGAGAGGCAAGCCUCCAGCGCAAAAGACAAGUUAACAUCAUGAAGGGCCCUUUGUCUGACAGAUCUGCACCUGGUAAUGUUGGUCCAGGUCCAAGGGAUUCUUUAUCAGCUGUGUAUCAUCUAAAUACAGAUAUGAGGGGGCUGUUUGAAGUUAAUGAGAGAAACCAAAAUGUUAGUUGUGUGCAGGAAGGUUUACAGUGUCCAAAGACAAAUGAACAUAGAUCAGAGCCAGAAAACAUAGAUAUCAAGAAAGAUUUGAAAAAAAUGGGAACAUUUGGGGGUCCACAGGUAGAAGCUAUGGCUCCAGAUAGUAGUGGAGGUGGUAGAGGACAAAAAGAUAAAGAUGAAGGUCAGAUUUUUAGAUCUGAUGUAAGUAGUGGGAUGAGGGAGUCAGGUCCAUUGUUUAUGGGCUUAGGAAGACCUCCAAAGACAAGACAUGAUGGCAGUAUGGCUUUUGAAGAAAGGUGCCCCCGUAAAAGUACUCUUCAGCCACAUGGCACAAAUGCAGAUUUUGGCAAGCUUGGUGGCAGUCAUGCAGAUGCAGUUAAUUCAAACAUGUUGAAUUCAGAUUGGAGAGGUGAAGGACUAAGGGAUAAGGGGAAUCAAAAUAAACAUAUAAGUGCUCCAGAUUGGAAUGGCCCAGGAUCAGACAUAAGAGAUCAUUGGAGAGGGUCAGAUUCAGUCAGGGAAGCACCAUUGGUACAAGAUGAAUGGAGUGUCCAUUUGUCUGAUAGAAGAGGUUCAAACAUGGAAAGCCAGGGACCUUACACGGGAGGGAGUGGAGGCCCAGAAUUCGGACAACCAGGGGCUGAAAUGAGAGGUCCAAACAUGCAGUAUCCAAAGCUUAAUAGUGGAGGACCAGAGGACUCACACCUCAUGGAAGGAGGACUUGAAAGGAUAGACCCCAUUAUAGACAAUCAAGGACCUGACUUAGGAAUACCAGGGGCUUCAGAUUUUGUGGGACCAGAACCUAAAAGAAGAAGUGUAGCCAUGGAGGUUGCUGGACCUGACAGAAGAGGUCCUGUGGGUCCACAUUUUAGAGGAUUAGGACCUGAGAAAAAAGGUCCACAUAUGGAGCAAAAAGUACAUGACAUCAGGGGUCCUGGCGGUCCAGAUUUCAGGGGAACCUGGGGUGAAAGGAUGGGUCUGGAUAUGGCUGGUCCAGGGUCUGAUAGUAGAGGUCCAGGAAUUGAAAGGAGAGAUUCCAUGGAGGAUCCUGGGACUAAUAGGAGAGGGGCUGGGUGUCCAGAAUUUAAAGGACCAGGGCAUGAGAGGGAAAGUAUGUCUAUCGAAGGUCCUGGACAUGAGAAUAGACGACCAGGACCUAUAGAAGGUUCUAGGCCCGAGAGAAGAGGACCUGGAGGUCCUGAUAUCAGCAGGCUAGGGUCUGAUUGUAGAGGUCUUGCUAUGGGGCCUGGCAGAGUUUCACAAGGUCCAGAUUUUAGUGGGCCAAUAAAUGAAAUACCAAGUUUUCCUAUGCAUAGCCAAGAACCUGAAAGGAGAGGACCUGGAGAAAUAAACACAAGUGGACAGGGUCCUGACAGGAGAGGUUCACAUAUUGGUGUUGCUGGGCCUGAAAGAAUUGGUCCAGGUGUGGGAGAUCUAGGGCCUCACAACAGAGGACGAGGUGGACCACAUUUCAGGGGUCGUGGAAAAGAAGUUGGGUAUCAAAAUAUGGAGAUUCCUGGGCCUCAUAGGAGGGGUCCAGAAUUUGGUGCACAGCGGGUGGAAAGGCCAGGUUCUGAUGUGGAUCCUGGGCCUGACAGAAUAGCUCUAGUAGGUCCAGACUACAGUGAAAAAAGAUAUCCAGAUAUGGAGGGCUCAAGACCAGGUUGGAGAAAAUCAGAUGGCCCUGAUUUAAGAGUUCCAGGCUACAAACAUGAAAGUUCAAAUACUGAAGAUCCAAGACAUGGGGGAAGGAAUGACUGGGUAGCGUGUGAACCUAUUCAAGAAAACCCAGAUUACCAUGCCCCAGAACCUGAUCGAUUGGGCCAGAGCUUUAGAGGUCGAAGGCCUAUGAGGAAAAACAUUAGAAGACCAGGGCCCGGCUUCUGGGGUUCUGCUCCUGAGAGGAGAGGGCCAGACACAGAGGAACAAAGGUUAGAUGAAAGAAGGACCAAUAUAGAAUUCUUAGGACAAGACAGAGAAUGCUCAGUGGAUGACUGGGAAACAUAUGCUAGUAGAGGAUUUGGACCUAUCCAAGAGGGUCAAGAUGAACAGGACCAAGAAGAUAUUAAUCAAGGCCUAUUUAGUGAAUGGAGAGGCCCUGAAAGUAGUGGACCAGGUCCCAUGCAGAAUAGACCCAGUAUGUUAUUUCAAGGACCUGUAAGGGGUCGUAGACAUAACUGGAAUGCUCCUGGCUGCAGAAGUGCAGGGCCUGUUGAAGAAAAUCCAGAUAUGGUAUGCCCAGGGCCAAGUAGGGGAGGUCAUGGAAAUGAUUGGACAGAGCUUGAUAGAGAGGGUGCUGGGGAAUUCUUUACAGGAGAAAGAGAUCUAGACAAUAGAGGACAAGACAGAAAAGCAGGGCUAGGAUCACAUAUGCACAAUCAUCCAGAUAUGGGAAAUGACUGGAGGCUGCCAAAUGUCAGGGGAAAAAUGAGAGGGCCAAACAUUGAAGGGCGUGGGGCUCUCAGAGGAGGUCCAGGCCUGAUGAAUUCAUGUCUAAACAGGAGGCAAUUUGAGAUGGAAGGCCCUGAUAGAAGACCUCCAGCAGGUCGAGAUCUAGGACCCCCAGGACCUGCAAACAGAAAUCUAAGCAUUGAAGCUCCAAGGUGUGAUGGGAGAUUUUCAGAUAGUGGUGAUCUAAGAUCUGAAAGGCAUAAUGUAGAACCUGAAAAUCCUGAACCAGGUAGACAAGGAUUUGAUUUCAGAAGGGAAAGUAGAGGUCCAAAAAUGAGAACUUUGGGGCCCAAUAAAACAGACAGCAGGGGGCCAUCACCUCAGCGUUCAGAUUUUAGAAAUGGACCUGGUAGGUGGGGUGACAACACUAGGUCUGAGCCAGAUCCAAAUAAUGACAUGCAGGUGUCAGAUAUAAGGGGGGCAGGUUAUGUUAGUAGGGGCCCAAAUAUAAGGGGGAGAGAUCCCAGGCAGAGAGGUCAUACACCCAUUAAUGAACGAAGAGGUCCUCGUCCCAUUGCAAGAUUCCAACAUCCUGGAGAUCCACAUUUGGCACAGUUUAAUAGGCCCCGUGGCCCAGGUCCAAAUAGCGGAGGAAAACCAUUCCCUGGUUUUGAAAACCCACAAAAUCAGCAAGCCAUAAGACCUCAAAGACACAGAGGUGCCUUACUUCCCACUCCAAAAGAAGGUCUCAUACGUUUCCCCAAAAUAUGAUUCCUUGGAUUUUGGCAUGAAACUAAAACACAUUUCCAACAGACAGAGCGGAGUAGAUGUAGGUAAAUUGAUAACAUGUAAAGAAUGGGUAAAACCUGCUUGUAAGAAAGAAGAAAGAAAAUAGCACACCUGAAGGUCCAAUCAUAAGGGAAGAAGAAACAAAGGAUAAGGUCAAUUUGAGGGAAAAAAUAAUAAUGGGUUUCAGAAUUAAAAACAAACAAACAAUUAACCUCUAUUAUCAGUGUUGGAAAUUAAAGCAAUGGUGAGCCAGAUUAGUCACUGGGAAAAACAUGCAGACCUUUAAGGACCUAAAGCUGAAGAAUCAGACAUCUAAAAUUGCUUAGCAUUGUUAGACUUGACAGAAAUACCUUAUCAUAAUGCCCAAUGAAUGUAUUUCUUUUCUCACUGAGACUGACUACCCAUGUGCUUGUUAAAUUUUAAUAUGACAUACAGGCAAAGCCAUGCAAAAAAUCCAACUUUGUAACUUGAUAGAAAAGUGCUCAGAGAUUACCAUUUAAGUUUAUUGUGUUGUAGUUUUUCUGUUUUCAAAGUAGAUGCUUUUAGUAUUGUUUUUUUGAUUAUUAGUAAAAGUCCUGCUAAAUAUAAUUUUCAGUUGUAAAUUUAACUUUAUUUGUAUUUGUAGAUUGACAAAGUCAUAAAUGUUUUGUACAGAAAAUGUACAGUUUUUUUUCUGUGUUUGUUUUUUUAAUAGCCAGACUGUCAAUAUGGUAGCUCUCAUCUUCUUUUAUGUAGUUCUGUUGGUUAAAAAUGACCCGUUCCAUUUCUUUUAGAAUGCAAGAAGUCAAUAAAGUAACACACUUUAUAUGAAGUCUUAUUUUGUCACAUUUAGAUUGAUAGCUUAAAACCAGUUAAUUUAACAAGCAAAUCUCAUAUCAAAGAAAAGUGACAGUUUUACUACCUUUAUGGCAAUAAAUUAUUCUGAGACAUAAAAGCUGGAUUAUUUUAUUUAAAUACAAACUGCUAAAACUAUUCGGUGAAACAUUUCAGAUCUUCUGAUCACUGUAAAGAUUACUCAUGACUCUGAGGUAUUAAUUGUUACUGGUUGUCUUGUAAAGUGGGUGCUGAUUCACACACACACACGAUGGAUUCAAACUUCAGGCAAAUUAAGGCAAUACUUAAUUUGUUUUUAGGUUUUCGAGGCCUCUUGCUGGGUAGUGUGGAAAUCACAAUAUGCGAAAGUGGGUCUACAUAUUUUCUGUAACCCUCCACAUGUAUAAAACUUGUAUUGCAGGAGUCUAGUUUAACUCAAGCAUUGUUACUGCUGUUCUGUUGUUUUCUGUCAUUUUACUUAGGAUUAAUUUCUCUGUUUUCCAUAGUAGUGUUAUUCUCAGGUCUUAAGAGAUAAUCUGUAUAAAGUUUGAACUGCAACUGGAAAUAAUCUUUUAUUUAAAAUAAAUAAGGAAGUCAUUA